CCGACACACACAUGCCCCCGCAGCAGCAGACCCAAGACCCAACCGCUCCUCGCGUAUCGUGCCGCCAGGCCAGUGACGCCGCCUCUGCGUCAGCCUGUAGCUGCUUUCUCCUUCCCAACACACAUUUUUUUAGCCCAUCCAGAGAUCGCGCAGAGAGGCGUCAUCGAAAUCGAGGAAGCUGGCAAAGGAUAAUAGCCGCAACGCGGGACACGGAACACCGCAGUUGCAGACGUCAAGUGGUAGUGUACCCAUCAAUCAUACCCUACUGAAGCCUCUGCAGAGGAAGGAGGCGGCAGCUGCGUUAUCAUCGAGAUGAUGCUUAACUGAAAACUUCCACUGUCAGUGUCCCAUCAUAGUACCAGCUGUGCGUGCAUGUCCGUCCGUCCCAUCACUCCAGACGGAGUCGUAGAGCACGAGAGCAGCUUUAGCAGCUCGAGGACGACAAAGAGGAAUCCUGUGGGCAAGUUGGAGCACCGAGGAUGGGUCUGAUCGCACUGAUCUCGCUGGCUCUGCUGGCCAGCUGUAGCGGCUUCUCGUUGCGCUCAGCCGCUUCGUCUGGAGCACCAGCCGGUGGCAAUGACGACUUUGGGCCACUUCGAUAUACCCACUACGAGGAAUUGCAGGAGCUAUUCCGCAACCUAUCUUACAAUUUUCCCCAUCUAGCCAAGGUACACUCGAUCGGUAAAUCCGUCAAGGGCAGGGAGCUUCUCGUUCUCGAGAUCAGCGAAAAUGUUGGCAACGGCAGAAAGUUUGGCGUCCCGAUGGUCAAGUACGUGGCAAACAUGCACGGCGACGAGCCCGUCGGCCGCGAGCUCAUGAUCUACCUCGCCAAGUACUUGCUUUACAACUACGGCAAAGACCCGAGAGUCACGAAACUCGUCAACACCACGGACAUCUUCCUCAUGCCCUCGCUCAAUCCAGAUGGCUUCGAAAACUCAAGGGAGGGAAUGUGUAAUUCUCUGGAAGAUUAUACGGGCCGUGAAAACGCAAACCGCGUUGAUCUCAACCGAAAUUUCCCUGACCAAUUCGAUUCCAGCGUCAACGGUAUCAAGGGAGGUAAAUUGAUUAGUGGAAGGCAAAGCGAAACCAUUGCCAUGAUGACGUGGAUCGUUACCCAGCCAUUUGUUCUGUCUGCAAAUUUCCACGGAGGAGCUGUUGUUGCAAGCUAUCCAUAUGACUCUGGGAUUAGACAUGAUUGUUGCGAAGAAAGCAAGUCUCCAGAUGACAAAAUGUUCAAACAUCUUGCUCACAUCUAUGCUGACAACAAUCCAGCCAUGAGAAUGGGCAACACCUGUCCAUCAGAAACAUUUAAUGGUGGUGUAACUAAUGGAGCACAUUGGUACAAAGUCCAAGGCGGCAUGCAAGACUUCAAUUAUGCUCGAUCAAACGCUUUUGAAGUAACGUUUGAGCUGAGCUGCUGUAAAUAUCCAUUUGCAUCGGUCUUGCCGAGAUACUGGCGUAUGAACAAAGAAUCUCUUUUAAAGUACUUGGAACAAGCCCAUAUUGGUAUUAAAGGCUUUGUAGUAGAUACAGAAGGACAGCCGAUUGAAGGUGCCGAAAUUGUAGUUGUUGGAAUCAACAAAAACAUAACAAGUUCACGUCGAGGAGAGUACUGGCGUCUACUUCUGCCCGGAACAUACACUGUAUAUGCUGCUGCUUGGGGCUAUGCUCCAAGUAAAGAACGACAGGUGACUGUGAAAAAAGGAGAUGCUCUACACGUAAACUUUACCUUGACAAAACUACCGUAUCUAGAGCAGCAAGGUAAUUUUGAAAAUUAUUAUUAUGAAGUAUCGCCCCUCUUAAGCCGUUAUCCACCAUUAGUGAGACCUGAUCCUAACCCCGUGAUCUGGGGAGAUAACUGGAGCUGGGGCUUAAACCAAUCUAUUAAGGAUUCUCGAGACUUUACGCUCAUCACUGAUCUACGCCUUCCACCAAAACUAAACCAGAAACAGGAGCCAGAAACCCUGGCCGUGAUGAAGUGGAUCGAGUCGACGCCCUUCGUUCUCUCGGCGAACCUGCACGGUGGUGCCCUGGUCGCCAAUUACCCGUACGACGACAAUCCCGAAUCCGUGGGCAAUCAGUACGCCCAUCCGAACCUCAGCCAGGACGACGACGUGUUCCGCGCCUUGGCUUCCAUCUACGCGAACGCCCAUCCGAGCAUGCACGUCGGCAACCCGUGCCCCGCACCACCAGGGCGCCAAGAUAGCGUGCUCGACGACGCCUUUCCCGGUGGUAUAACCAAUGGUGCUGCUUGGUACCCGGUAACCGGCGGCAUGCAGGACUACAACUACGUGCACAGCAACGCGUUCGAGCUCACCAUCGAGGUCGGCUGCAACAAGUAUCCCAACGCCUCGGAGCUCGAGUCCUACUGGCGCGACAACCGAGAGCCUCUGCUCCGUUACAUCGAAGCUGCCAGAAAAGGUGUGCACGGAAUGGUGAUGUCGUCGAUCGGAGGGGUCAUCAAAGAAGCCAAAAUAUCGGUGGAGGGCCGGAAUCACGAUGUCUACACGAGCAAUCAGGGUGAUUACUGGCGCAUGUUACUGCCCGGUGAAUACAAUGUAACGGCAAGUGCACCGAAUUACGAGUCCCAAACGAGCAGUGUUCGAGUACCGAAGGACAAUGGCACGGCCGUACUCGAUUUUACGCUCAUACGCGACGAUCCUUAUCACUGGGUCCACUUGAAUGAUUACGAUUUACGAGCCAAUCUGAAAAACGGCUAUCUCAAGAACAGCGAAUUGAGCGAGAGCUUCAAACAGCUGGAAGUCGACAAGCCGGACGUGGCUGAAUUCAAGGCUGACGAUUCGCCGAUUAGCUCGCUCAUACAUUCCUUUAAAAUAACCCACAAUAUGGGCGAUAGCGAGGAGAGUAAAAUUCAUAUUGGUUUGAUUGGAGGAAUAUUCGCGUCCCAGCCGAUAGGCCGAGAAAUCCUUCUGCGCUUUGCCCGACACAUUUUAAUGGGCAACAAGGAGGAAAAUUCAUUUAUCAACAAGUUACUCGAUCGAGUAGUUUUGCAUUUCAUACCCGGUGUCGACGCUGGUUUCGAUAAUGUUAAGCGAGAGUGCAAUCCCGUUGUGAAAGAAGAGCUCGGCAAAAAAUUGACGACGUCCAAAAAAAUUCGACCCUUUGUCGAUAUACUCACAAAUGCCAUGGAGCAAACGCUUCAGACGGAAGAUUUCGACGUGCUCGUUCUGUUCGGAGGCGGUAGUGGAGUUGGCGUCAGCUACUCAACCAACAAAAUUGAUAUUUUCAAGGACUACGCUCAAUAUUUCGAAAGAUCCGUAUUUCAAGAUACUUGUCAAAAUCCCAACUACGAUAUGAAAAAUGUACAAAAUUACAUUAGAGGCCAGUACGACAUUCCAGUGCUGAGUUUUUCUCUGUCCUGCUGUAAAUACCCAAAACCGGAGUCCGUCCCGACUAUCUGGCGACAGAAUGUGUUGCCAUUGAAGGAGCUCGUUAAGCGAUUGGCCACUGGUGUACGAGUGUCCGUGAUGGAUGCCGAAAAAAAUCCUCUGAGAAACGCUAGAGUGAAGAUCGACGCUUUUGUAUAUAAUGUAACGAGAAACAUGGCGUAUUUCAAAGCAAUAUUACCGCCCGGCGUUUAUACCGCAAUAUUCAGUUGUGAUGGUUACGAGGACAGAGCUGUAUUGCUAACAGUUCAGGACGACGAGGUUACCUCGGUCGAUGUGUUUUUGGAUGCGCUGAAGGCAAAAAAAAACAGCGAGUCAAAGACUCAGCCCAAAGAGAACUGGAGCGAAAUCAAUCGGAAUCUCUACAGUCUGUGGAAGAAGUAUCCGAACAUAACUACCUUGCAUGAUAUCGGUGUAAGCGACGAGAAUCGCAGGAUAAUGGCUCUUGAGAUUCAUCGCAAUGGUUUCGACUCCAGGUAUCUACCCGCAAUAGUAUUCUCGGCAGGCGUUGCACAGGGAACACCCGUGACCUCCCGAGUUCUCGUGCGCUUCGCCUCUUACAUACUGAGCAGCUACGACAUCAAUAAGCACUUGACCAACAUGAUUAGAAAUUUUUCGAUCUUCUUUGCCCCUGAUUUGAAUCCCGAUGCCAAAAAAAGAGUACUGUGCUCCCUGGAUCCCAACAAUACUCUUCAUUUUCCCCUUGACAGUUACAAAAUCAAACGGAACGAAACCAUCAAAACAAUUGUGAAUUGGUUCAAGAGCGUGAAGCCUGUUUUAACGGUAAAUUUAAACAGCGGUUCUCAGCACGUGGAAAUUCCAUACGGCGACAGACAGAACGGCCGCAAUCCCAGGUUACUGUUCAAUACGGAUGACGAUAAGAUACUGCAGCACUUUGCAAGCACGUACGCCUUUGGUCAUCCAACAAUGCCUCUAGUGAAUAACAGGUGCGGCAGCAAAGUUUUUAUACAAAACAGUGGCGUGACGCACGCAGGAAUAGCCCAGUCCAAAGAUAGGAUGGACACAUUCCUAGAUUACAUGUAUCUACAGGCAAAUACGUUGCCGCUUGACGCCUACAUCACGUGCUGCAACGACGACAACGAUCAGGACGUGUGGGAGAAAAACAUGAAGAGCUUGCUAAGCGUACUUGAUGAGGCGACCAAGGGGGUCUCGGGCUUUAUUAUUGGCAAGGACAACGAGGCCGUGGUCAACGCUGUGGUAUCGCACGAUACGUCGAUACACAAGGUCGAAAGCCGAGAGAACGGCGCUUACUGGUUGCUUUUGCCAUCCGGAAGUCAUAGUAUCACUGUAGAAGCUCCGGGAUACUUUAAAAUGUCCAAGAUCGUUAACGUUACCUAUGAGCAAAUUUCACCCAAAGUAGUGUUCAAAUUGCAGAGGAACGAGCGUUUCUUCGGACUGCCCCGUCUUGCGUUUGUGAUAAUAUCUGGUGCAGUUUUCGUUACAUUCAGCGCUCUGUGUAUAUUUAUCGUUACCAAAUGCCAAGCAAAAAAAAACCAAGAUAGUGAUAGGCGGCCUUAUUCGUUUAGUUUGUUGCGCGACGGUAGUACUUUCUUCGAUGACGAUGAAAAAGAAGUAGAAAUCUUCAAAAGAGUAACCAAGGACUACCAGGAAGAUAAAGCUGCAGUGCAACCUUACUUUGAUGAUGAAAAUGAUGAUUCGAGUGCUGAAGGUAGUGAUCUUGAAUUUAUAAGACCAGACAGGGAAUGGAAAGAAGGAUCUCCAGAAUCAUGUUAA